AUGCGAGGCCCGACACCUCUGUGUAUAUCUGCACUCCUGCACAUCGCAAUAGCUGCGGUGAACAGAACAGAAGUGGAAGCACGCCUACCUAAAUGUUCGGUCAACUGUUUCCAUGUAGCCCUAUCCACUAACCCAGAUCUCAUAAACUCGCCUAUGAGAUCCUGUCCGAAUGUUACUCUCCAAAAACCACUAUCAGACUGUCUUCAACUAGCGUGCGGUUUCGAAGAGCAGAAACAAUUCUCGCUCGUCACCAACGACAUUUGUAAAGGCCAGCCAAUACCAUCUAGAGGCCUGGGGGCACUGGUCAUAGCUAUCACUUUGGGACCGCUCACUCUAUCUUGCGUCGCAGCUCGAUUUUAUUCGAAAAGAAGAUUUUCCCAGCCGCUGGGAAUGGAGGAUUAUUUCAUAUUAGGAGCAGCAUCACUGUACUCAGGAACGAUACCUUUGUAUAUUGUCAAUACGAUCCUCGGAUUUGGAAAGCAUUAUUGGAAUAUCGAUCCGCUGAAAAUACGCGUUUUACUUGUUAUAUUUUACAUUGGAGAGUUGUCCUAUUUGACCACUAUGCCUUUAAUCAAGCUGUCUAUUCUUUUCUUUUAUCUGAAGCUCUUCCAAAGCCCUGGUUUUCAGACCGCUACUUGGUUCAUGAUCGUUUUUGUUGCUUCUGCGGGCAUUGCAUUUGUUGUGACGGGAAUGGUACAAUGUCUACCGAUCAGCGGUUCAUUCGAUCGAAGUAUCCAUGCGACGUGUCUCGAUUUGAAUGCUGUGGCAUAUGCUAACUCGGCAAUUGGCAUCUUCCAAGACGUCCUCAUCCUGCUCCUCCCAUUCCCCGAAAUCUUAUUUCUGAACAUGCCACGACGGAAGAAGAUCCUCUUGAUCUUCAUGUUUCUCCUUGGGACCCUGGCUGUCCUGACAAGUAUCCUCCGUCUGCCAUCUCUCCACGCAUUCGCAACCUCGACAGAUCAAACUUGGGACAAUCAAACCGGCUCUCUCUGGUCUCUUGCCGAGCAGUCCGUCGCCAUGAUCUGCGCUUGCAUGCCCGCGAUCCGCAGACUCCUAGCGAGCCACCUUCCCAAUAUAUUCAAUCUCGAUGGGUUCAGUAGAGACGCUAAUAACGAUGCACGGAGGAGUCCGAGGAAACCACCAUCUCUGUUCCGUUUGACGAGUUUGUUUUCAAGUCAGGGGACGACCAUUACGGCGGGGAGUCAGGCGCAGGAUUCGGAUAAUUUAUGGAUACUGGCGUCAGAGACGGGUAGGGGUAUUCCAUUGGAAGACCUAGGGAGUCCUUUUAGAUGCAGCUUUAAUGGCUUGGGGCUGCCGGGGAAGCCAGCACCGUCAAGUGUAGGGAGAUAG